AUGAUUAGAAAAUAUUUGUUGGCCUUCACCCUCUUGCUUCUGUUUGUGGUCCGUGAAACCAACACUUCUUCCAAUGGACUUCACCUUCCCUUAAACCUCGAGUUCAGCUCCAGUGGCUCACCCCUCAGUAUCUCUUUCUCACAAAACACCGAGGCCGUAGUACUCGGCGAACCGCUCACAAUUCGUUGUCAUGUGAACACCCGUUCGAAGGAGGCCGAACUGAUUACUCGCAGCAGUAUGAAUCUAUUCUGUCCCCUGCUGAAUAAGACGACAUUCUGCUUUCAAAACUGUCAGGCAGCCACUGUUUGCCGGGAGAAUGGGGGAGCCAGCUGUCAACGCGUUCUUGGCCUCGGAGAUGUCGCCUGUCGUAUUGUUCGCCGGGAGGAUCAACACAGUGGUGGUAAAAGCACUCAAACCAUUCGACUACACCAGCGCAGACGUUUCCACGCCACGGACUCCAUGCCACCAGUUUCGGCAACCACCACCAGCACCACCACAACCACUGCAAGUCCGACUGUCGCGGUCGUCAGUACAACUGGUCUCGUAGCAAGCGGAACGGGCGUUCGAAGGAAUCCAGCACAUCCUAACACCGAAAAGUCCCAGCUCGUGGAGUACCUAGAAGGCAGUAAGUCAUCUUGCUGUUAA